UCGCAGUUCGUGUUCCGUUUGCCGCAGCCGUGGAGCGUGCAGAGCGCUUUCAGUCGCCGAUUUGACCGCCAAACAAACGCAACGCAGCUCGGCUGGUUCCCCGAAAACGGCUUACCUUAGAAAGGCCAAACGCGCUCUCCGGUCCACUGAAAUCAACAGCAGCAACAACAGCAACAACAGCAACAACAGCCUGGCAGCCAGAGCAACAACCAACAAUAACAAAUAAAGCAUUACAUGCAGUUGGUUUGCUGCCACUUUUUUUGCAAGUUCGCCAGCCAACAGUUGACAUUUUUUUUCGGUUAAACAGUACAAACAAGCAACUAAAGCCACGAUAAAUAAAGCGAAAUCAACCAGCCAAAGCAAAUUAUAGAGCAUAUUAAAAUACUUAUGGCAAAGUUUUGAAUACCGAAACCAGGGCAGCAACAAGAAUUGCAGAGUAAAAAGAACUUGCGCAGCAAAAGUUUGCCACUAAAAAGCAAUAGCAGUCAAGUGCAACAGCAACAACAGCAACAACAGGAGCAACUAGGGAGCCGCAACAACAACAACAUGGGAAAAAAGAGCUCCAAGUUGAAACAGGACACCAUCGAUCGCCUAACAACGGACACAUACUUCACAGAGAAAGAAAUACGUCAAUGGCACAAAGGAUUCCUGAAAGACUGUCCCAACGGCCUGCUCACAGAGCAAGGCUUCAUCAAAAUCUACAAACAAUUCUUUCCACAAGGCGAUCCCAGCAAAUUCGCAUCGCUCGUCUUUCGCGUCUUCGAUGAGAACAAUGAUGGCUCCAUCGAGUUUGAGGAGUUCAUACGCGCCUUAUCCGUCACAUCGAAGGGCAACCUGGACGAGAAACUGCAGUGGGCCUUCCGCCUGUACGACGUGGACAACGACGGCUACAUAACGCGGGAGGAGAUGUACAACAUAGUCGACGCGAUCUAUCAGAUGGUGGGCCAGCAGCCGCAGUCGGAGGACGAGAACACGCCGCAGAAGCGAGUGGACAAGAUCUUCGACCAAAUGGAUAAGAACCACGAUGGCAAAUUAACAUUAGAAGAAUUUCGUGAGGGUAGUAAAGCUGAUCCACGUAUAGUUCAGGCGUUAAGUUUAGGUGGUGGUUAAACCGAUUAACAACGGCCGUUUACCGAUAACAGACCCAAUUCCAAUUCCACAAAAACCAAGCGCGCAAUAAACUCAAAAAUCCGAUACUGAAACCGAAACUGAUACUGAAAUUUGAUCAAAACCCGCUAAAAACAGAAAACGGAAAGUAAAAGUAAAAGUUAAAGAAAGUUAGUGGGGCGGGGGCGGCCCCUCCCCUUCGUUUGCAUUCGCUUCUUCACUCUUCACCUUCUCUUCUCUCUACGCUUCUCGAUUCUCAAUUCCCGAUUCGAUUCUCCGCGCGUCGCCUGCGACACUGAAGAUGAUAAUAAUUUUUUGAUAUAUGCAUAAAGAAUAACUGAACGAGAUGGAAAACCAAAUAAACGAACCGAAAACGAAACGAAUCGAUAUGAAAUUAAUUUUUAAAUAUACACCAAAGUAUAAAUAUAUAGGAAUCAUGGCGUAGUCAGAGCGCAGUUCAUAGCAAUAAUGGAAAAACAAAAGCAAGGCGAAGAAUAAAUAAACUUAUACUAAUUUUAAAUUGAAUCGGAGGGCGGCCAGGCGCAAAUCAAUUUUUCAAGCAUACACCAAUUACGAGUAAACUAAUUAAACCUACGAAUAAACCAGCAUAAUUAUACUAUACGAUUAAACGGCGCACUUAGAGCCGAACUAAGCCUACGAAUCAAUUGCGCAGCCUUCAAAGCAAAGCUAAUGAUAAAGCGAGUGUCUGAACUCGAUCCCAGUCAGCUAAUUCCACUCACGACAGCCAACAGCAGCCACCCACCCACACUAAAUAUAUGAGUACAUAUAGAUACAUGUAUGCAUCCGAGGAGUGGCCGCAGGCAGGACAAACAGAGUCCGGGGUUCGCAGUUUAGAGGGGGUCAACCGGGCGAGGGCGGCUGGCCCGAGAGGCUGGAGCCCCUGAUUAUGGCAAACCUAUUGCGAGAUAUGGAGGAUAGAUAGUCUCCCCUGUACUUUCAUUUUUCCCCUCUCCUGCCUAGAACGGCCAUACUUAAAUAUCCAAAAUAAAUGGCAUUGUAAGCGACACUCGAUAAGGCCAUCAAUAAUGACUUUGAUACAUCACACGAUAGGCCUCUGUAUAUUAGUGCCUUUGUUGAGUUCAUGCUUCAUAUUUCGGCAGUACCGCUGACCUCAGUUCUCGUGAGCAUACACACAGGGCUGGUCUAGAAUUUGGACCCUGUUUUUUAGGGUUCUUCGGGGAAAUAACAUCCACUUCAAAUAAUACGAUUUGUGCUAUACUAUUAUUAGUGAUAUUCCGAUAUCUUGAAUUUCGUUUGAGAGUGGGGCUUCUUCAAGAGAUCUCCGGAUCAGACUCAGCUGCCCUACAGCCGUGGAACGCAGGUUAGCCAGUUCCCCUCGACAGGAGAUCGAAUCUGCAGAUGGGCUUUCGAUAGAAUCCAAACAGCGGCGAUUGCAAAGAGUGUUGCAUACCCACAGGCGCAGAAAAGUGUUUGCUUUCGUUUGCUCUCUCUCUCUCUCUCUCUACCUCUAUCACUAUCUCUUUCCCUCUCUCUAUCUGUACUUCCCGCUUUGCCUUGUUUUCCGUUCAGCGUUACUUAGUACGUUCCCAACAACAAUAACCAAGCAUAUUUACAAUACCAACAAGAACAACACGAACAUAUUGACAAUAGGCGGCGAUCCGAAGGUCCUGAAACAGAGCCCAGUGCCCCAUCCAUGAGUCCAGCAGUGGAGAAGCGAGAACUCCAGGAAUAGCUGCGAAAUCGAGCCAUCAAUAAAUGAUAAACUAAUCAAAGAACGCACAGCUACAACCAGAGCCACAUCAACAGCCAGAACAUGAACAUAUAUAUUUAUAUACACGACGUAUAUCCCUGUUCUCGAGGGCAGCCGAGCGAGGAGUCGGAGCAGUGGGAUAUAUAUAUAACAAUGAAACAAAUCCAUCAUACGAUUUAAUUUCUAUUCUAUAUGCGGUUCAGCUUUAUUAUUGCAUUGAUUUUACAAUAAACCAGUCAACCGUUUACUAUUCCGAUGACUAUCUAUAGAUACGAACCCGCUUUCUCACGCCCCAGUAGACUUUGUGUAAUCUAGACAGGGGCGAUCGUGGUCCCCCGAAGACACCACACCACACCAACACCAACACUAACACUCACCCGAGACCCACACACACAACUACCUAUGUAUCUAUGUAGUGCCUAUGUACGUAGUGGUAUUCCUAUGAUUUCGCCUGCUUUGCCUUCUUUGAGAACAUUCCCAAUUGACCGACUUACGUUUAUCUUUUCCUAUGCUUUCCAUGUACCUAGCACAGAACUAAAAGAUUCACACGAUGAAAAUUUAAGAGUAUGCCAUGCAACCCCACUCACCGACACACACCCACACCCACACGCACACGCACACGCACACCCAUAGCCAUAUGUAUGUGUACAUACACACAUGCCUAGCUUAUAUAUACCCUAUAAAGUAAGCACUGCAAUCGAAAGCAAGUUAAGGAACUAUACGAAUACGAAACGCUUCUAAAAACCUCACUGAAAUUCUUCGAAGAAAACCGGGAGAUACGAAACACACACACAUGCAUACCGACACGCCCACACACGCACUCACACACUUGUACGAGUAUAUUAACAAUAAACGUAAUGCGAAAGUUAAUCAAUAAUUAAAUAAUUCGAAAGUGAUAUAGCUGACAAAACAAAUGUGUCUGUAGUCUAGUAGUUAAAGGAAAUUGAGAAAACGAAAAGUAACAUUAUAAAUAAUAUUAACUACACUUAUGUGGCGGAAAGUGGAGGCGAGAGGGAGACUCGUUUUUGUAGGGCGACGCGAAGCAGCCGAGGCGGAAGUAGGGAAAUCAAACUGUAAAUAACACUGAGUGAAUCACGCACACCACGCCACCAGACACCCACACACCCACACACGCGCACACCAAACACCCAAACACUCGGACACCCACACACUCACACACCGACAGGAGGAGGAGUACCGCAUAAGUUUGUUAACACCAAAAUAUAACGGGUCUUAAGUAACAAAAACUAAAGCAAAAACAAAAGAAAAACAAAAACAACAAUAAGAAAAUGCGAAAAUGCGAAAAGAAAACGAAACCAGUAAGUUAGAGCAAGGAAUUUUUUUUGUGGAUUGAAUUGGACGGGUUUGAAACGAAUCAAGUCAAUUGCAACGGCCGACGAGCGAGUGCGAAAGAUUGAAUAUUGAAUAUUGAGUAUUGAGUAUUGAGUAUUGAGUAUUGAGUAUUUAUAUUGAUUUACAAGGGCCGGCGAGAGGAGUUUUCCGGAGAAAGGCAGCACACGACCGAGGGAAGUCGAAGAUGAGUUUCUUUCCACCGCCGUUGACAACCACACGAAUGUCAAGUUAAACGUUUCACAAGCAAUAUUUUACAUACUUAUACAUGCAUUAUAUACAUAUAUAUAUGGGUAAUUAUAUAUAAUAAUAUACGAUAAUAAAUAUAUACAUAACUUAUAUACACACUCCGCCAUAGCGAGUCGACCGGCAAAUAGAAAUAACAAUAAUAAAGCAUGGCAGGCACCCGGACAUCCAGCGAGUGUCUGGUGUGCGGCACACUUGAAACCAGACGAAAGCGAGGGAAAUUAACACCACUUAGUGAUAUUCUUUAGCAGACUUGAAUCCGAUUCCUUGCUAGGAACAAGCCGAGUGUAUAAAGUCAGGAGAAUCCAAAGCCGAGAUGCAACGAGCAAGGGUCGUGUAUUUUACAAAACAAGAGAGGCAAUGCUAAGAACAAACUGUUUUUUUCUCCCAUCUACCCGGACUCGACCUUCAGUUCGUUUGUACUACUCUAUUUCCGGUUAUUUGUCACGAUUAUUAUUCGAUUGUUGUAACUAUGAUUAAAAGGCAACGCCGAGGAUUGCGAUUGCCGUGUAAACACUUGCGAAACUUAUAAGAAUCCUAACACUUUAUAGAGCAUAAACGAAAAUCAAAUUCUUUUACCAAGGAAACGUAAUUAUUUUUUUUAAGUAUCGCCUAAGGGGGAAUGGAAAUUUAUCUUGUUACUGUCAGAAAAUAUUACUUACUUCAAAUAAAAAUUUUAAAGCGAG